AUGUCCCAAAUUUGUGCUACAUGUAACAAAACAGUCUAUCAAGCAGAAUGGGUACUAGCUGAAGGAAAAUAUUAUCAUAAAUCUCUUUGCUUCAAGUGUACUCAUUGCAACAAGCUUUUGGACAAGUCAAAUUUUUCAGAAUCUGGUGGAAAGAUUUAUUGCAAGACUGAUUAUGACAGAUUGUUCCGUCUUAAAGGAUAUGGUCAUGGAAAUGCAACAGACUCUUUUGAUGUGCAACCAAAGAAUGAAACUACAGUCGUAGAACAACAACCGGUCCAAACAUUUACACAACCGGUAUUUGAGGAGGCGAUUGAACUUUUCCCAACCAACUGUCCAAGAUGUGGAAAGCGUGCUUAUGCAAAUGAAUCAAAGGUCUUUAAUGGAAGAGAUUGGCAUAGAACUUGUUUUUCAUGUUUUUUUUGCAAGAAAUCAUUGGUCAGUGGAUCAUACAGUGAGAAGAAUGGUUUAAUCUUUUGUCCACGAUGCUACGAAUCUAAAUAUGGUGUCAAAGGUUUUGGUUUCGGUGGAGCUACAGUUUUGCAUUAA